GUAACAUAGAACGAUCAGCUGUUCAUUCAUACUCCGUCAAGGUGGUCGUGUGUUAGGUUAUUUCAAUAUUAUUAAAUUGCAAUUCGAUUGCAAUGUCGAGGACAAACAGUCAGUGAAUAUUGUGAUCGUUUAGAAUCAAGUUCACAGUGAAAGUGCCGAAACCAAUGAAGACUACAGUGCGUACAUUGUUGUUAUUAUUUUGUUGCGAAAAUUUACUCUGUUCAUAAUCCAAAGCCUGUAUGAUAUACCAAAGUUAUUUAUACAUUAUUGUAACACGAAUAAACUGAAUGGUUUUAAAUAAAUAAGUACUAAUCUUAGUUUUAGUUGCAACCGUUAUGUGGCAUUAAUUGCUUAAUUAAAUAGUAUUAAAAUGAAAAACUCAAGUAACGAAAAGACAGAGAGUGAAUGGGAGAAGGAAAAAUUGGACCCGAAUGCAUGGAACCAGCCACGCCCCAGCCAGCAGUUCAACGUGAUCCGACGGGUGUACCAGCAGGAUGCAUUGAACAAGGAUGCCGACUACCAGUACCCUGAGAAACCCUUGGGCUACCGGUGCAAGAAGGCAGUAAUAGGCUGCGGUUUCGGAGAAUGCCUGUCCAACUCCAUCCCCAUCCUGCGAUGGCUGCCCAAGUACGACUUCAAAGCCAACCUGAUGGGAGACCUGAUAGCUGGCGCCACUACUGCCGUCAUGCACAUACCCCAAGGUAUGGCGUACGCGCUCCUGGCCGAAGUCCCACCGAUCGUGGGGCUGUACAUGGCGUUCUUCCCAGUUCUGGUGUACGUGGUGUUCGGGACAUCGCCCCAUGUAUCCAUGGGGACGUUCGCCGUGGCCUGUCUUAUGGCGGGAAAGGUGGUCACGCAAUACUCAACACACAUUGACCCUGGCAGUGCUAUGAACGCUACAGCUGGUUUACCGACAUCCACAGCAGAAAUGGGUGUCCCUAUAUACAGUCCGCAAGAAGUACUCAGCAUCGUGUGUCUUGCGGUUGGAAUCUUCCAGGUGCUGAUGUGGAUCAUGCGGCUCGGAGCCGUCUCCACGCUGCUCUCAGAAACGCUGGUGUCAGGGUUCACCACGGCCGCCUCCUUCCACGUGCUGGCCUCCCAACUGAAGGACCUGUUCGGACUGAAGCUGCCCAAACUGCCGAGCAAUUACAAAGUUGUUUAUACUGUGAUAGAGAUAUGCAAGAACAUCACGAACGUGAACGUGGCGGCCUUCGUCAUCUCCUUCAUCACCUGCCUCGUCAUCGCGCUAAACAACGAGCUCUUGAAGCCAUGGCUGAGCAAGCGCUGCCGGGUGCCGAUGCCUAUCGAGCUGAUAGCCAUCGUGGUGGGCACGCUGGUGUCGAGGUUCGCAGACCUGAAGCAGGUCUUCGGGAUCGGCCUCAUCGGCUCCAUACCUACUGGCCUGCCAGUACCCCAAGUGCCUCCCGUAGAGCUGUUCCCAACGAUAGCCAUAGAUGCCUUCACGAUCACCAUGGUCACCUACACCAUAUCGAUGUCGAUGUCGCUCAUAUUCGCCGCAAAGGAGAAGUAUGAAGUGGACGCUAACCAAGAACUACUGGCGCUGGGCGCCAGUAACGUGUUUGGAUCCUUCUUCUCAUGUGCACCGAUGUGCGCCAGUUUGUCUCGCUCUUACAUCCAGUAUCAGGCGGGCAGCAAGACAGGCAUAACCUCAGUAGUGAGCUCGCUUCUGAUCCUGUGCGUGCUGCUAUGGGUGGGGCCGUUCUUCGAACUGCUACCGCGGUGUGUGCUCGCUUCUAUCAUCGUGGUGUCGCUUAAAGGCAUGUUUAUGCAAGUCAAGGAGCUGGCCAAAUUCUGGAAGCUCAGCAAGUUAGAUGCAGUGGUGUGGCUGGUCACGUUCCUCAUCACGGUGCUAGUCAACAUUGAUAUUGGACUAGGAGCUGGUCUGCUAGCCAGCGUGGGAGCCCUAUUCUGUCGGUCGCAGAAGCCCUACACGUGUCUGCUAGGCCGUGUGCUUGACACAGACCUGUAUCUGGACACCAAGCGGUACAGAGCCGCUGAAGAGUUACCAGGCGUGAAAAUCUUCCACUACUGCGGCGGCUUGAACUUUGCCAGCAAGAACUUGUUCAGGGAGACCCUCUUCCGCAAGAUCGGCUACCUGAAGCCGACGGAGGUGGUGCCCGAUGACGACAACAACCUUACGAAAAGUGACUCGUACGAGUGGGACCCCACUAUUGGGCAUCGGGUCCAAUGCGUGAUAAUCGACGCAACGGCGCUGUCGUACGUGGACGCGCCGGGAGUGAAGACGCUGGUGGCUGUGCAGCGAGAGCUGGUCUCCAGCAACAUCACUGUUCUUCUGGCUGGGGCUAACGGUCCAGUAUUAGAGAUGAUAUCGAAAUUCAACUCGCUGGAAGCUGACAGACUACAACUAGACACCUUCCCAACCGUCCACGAUGCAGUGGUUUACUACAAACUAGUUGAAGCGAAGAAGCACGAAAUAGCUGUCACGGUGACAGCGUGAUACCUGUCAUUAUGACAGAAGUUGGCAGAUUGCGCACGCGACGUUUUACGUGUAAGUGCGGUAGUUGGUGCCAAUAACUUUUGUCGUUUGAAGUAUGUUCAAAUAAAAUGAAAGUGCUUGAAGUAGAAUAGUACAGUAAAUUUUAACCUGCAGCAAAAUAACGACCCAAAUGGAUUUUGAAACUGGGUUUUGUUUUAAAAUUGAUUUUUCAAAAAAUGCCACGCCAGAAACUGCGACGUAAUGCCACGAUAUUUGUGGCAUGGUACAUUGUUUCAGUGACUGCUCGCUACGAUUUAUGUCAUAUCGUAUGAAUGGCACUCUAUCUUAUUUUUAACGAUAAAUGUGUCUGUUAUGUUAAUCUAAAAUCGAUAAAAUUCCACGAUUAUAUCGUGGUCUUUACACUAAAGCUUCAACCACACCUACGCGUGCCGGCGCGAUCAUAGGCCUGUCAUGGGUCACGCGACCUGUCAUUUC